GCAAUUUAUGUUCUAGAGCCAUCUUUGUUUCUUUUGUAUUUUGCUUUUCAGGUAACGAAACAAAUUUGCCUGAACUUUCAUCAGCUGCAGAGUUUUUGAGGGUCCGAGAUCGAGACUCAUGGCGAUUAUAUAAUCUCUAGUACUCCUUUAGACAGGGAGAAUAAGAAAAGGAAAUAUUAAUCUAGUGCUUCUCCUUGUCUGUUUGUCACGCCAAAAAGCAAGCCUUCAAAAGGGUACCUGUUUUUGCAUGGGUUUGAUCUCUUCCACCUCCACAUCUAUCAAAAUCCCACUCCCACACUCAUACAAUUAGCAUUUGCUCACAUGGGUCACAUAUUUCUUUCCACCCCCUCCUUGUAGUAAAACUUCUCAUGAACCUUUUCAUUAUAGCAUUCACUGAUCUCUUUCUUUCUUUCUGGUGCAUGUUUUAAUUCUUUUCAGAUACCCAGUUCUUGGCCAUAGUUAUGUUCAUUUAUAACUCUCCAUUCUGGGUUGUUGUUGUUGUGUAACCUUCUUCUGUAACUUGGCAUUGAAGAUUGAUAUUAAGAGAGAUGGAGAGAGCGGAAAACUCUGCAGCAAAUCACGUAGUGAUGGAGAUAGAGCCAAACAAACAAGUAGUACCGGGCUUGAGCCCUCUGAGUGAGACUCUUUGGAGGGACAAGGCUAAGACAGAAUUCGUGGGGGAUGUGUCGGCGAGGCUGACAUGGAAGGACCUGAGUGUGAUGGUCACUCUCAACAAUGGUGAGAGCCAGAAGGUGUUGGAAGGGCUCACUGGUUAUGCAGAGCCAGGAACCCUAACUGCACUCAUGGGACCCUCUGGCUCAGGCAAAUCUACACUGCUUGAUGCUCUUUCUAGCCGUCUUGCAGCCAAUGCUUUCCUUUCUGGUACCAUUCUCCUCAAUGGUCGCAAAACUAAGCUCUCUUUUGGGACUGCUGCCUAUGUAACCCAAGAUGAGAAUCUGAUCGGAACUCUAACAGUACGGGAGACAAUUUCAUACUCCGCUCAACUACGGCUGCCGGAUAAAAUGCCAUGGUCGGAGAAACAAGCACUGGUUGAGGGUACCAUUAUUGAGAUGGGCCUCCAAGAUUGCGCCGACACCGUAAUCGGAAACUGGCAUUUGCGAGGAAUCAGUGGAGGAGAAAGAAGAAGGGUUAGCAUUGCUCUUGAGAUCUUGAUGAGACCCAGAUUGCUCUUCUUGGAUGAGCCAACUAGCGGACUUGACAGUGCUUCUGCUUUCUUUGUAACGCAAACAUUAAGUGGUCUAUCGAGGGAUGGGAGGACUGUCAUAGCCUCUAUUCACCAGCCAAGCAGUCAAGUAUUUGAACUAUUUGAUCGAUUAUGCUUGCUUUCAGGGGGGAAAACUGUUUAUUUUGGCGAGGCUUGCGAAGCAUAUGAGUUCUUUGCACAAGCUGGGUUCCCCUGCCCUGCUUUAAGGAACCCUUCUGAUCAUUUUCUUAGGUGCGUCAAUUCUGACUUUGAUAAAGUUAAGGCCACUCUAAGAGGAUCCAUGAAAUUGCGGUUUGAGGCAGGUGAUGAUCCACUUGAGAAGAUUACCACAGCUGAAGCUAUUCGAACCCUCAUUGACUCCUACUGCACUUCUCAGUACUGCUAUGCAGUGAGGGAGAAAGUUGAGGAGAUAUCCAAAUUCAAAGGAACUGUGCUGGAUUCAGGAGGUAGUCAGGCUAGUUUCCUGAUGCAAGCCUUUACCUUGACCAAGCGUUCAUUUGUCAACAUGUCAAGGGACUUUGGGUAUUACUGGCUUAGGCUUCUAAUAUACAUUGUAGUCACUAUCUGCGUUGGGACCAUCUAUUACAAUGUCGGAACGGGUUACACUUCAAUUCUGGUUUUCCACAGAGAGAGGCUGAAUGGCCACUAUGGUGUCGCUUCAUAUGUCAUUGGCAACACACUAUCUGCAAUGCCCUUCCUGAUAUUGAUAACCUUCCUCUCUGGAACUAUUUGUUACUUCAUGGUCCACCUGCACCCGGGAUUUGAACGUUAUGUAUUCUUUGUUCUAUGCCUUUUUGCAAGUGUCACAGUAGUUGAGAGCCUGAUGAUGGCCAUAGCCAGUAUUGUCCCCAACUUCCUCAUGGGCAUCAUCAUAGGGGCUGGAAUUCAGGGUAUAUUCAUGCUAGUCUCUGGGUACUUCAGGCUCCCAAAUGACAUCCCAAAGCCUGUGUGGCGCUACCCCAUGUCAUACAUCAGCUUCCAUUACUGGGCUGUGCAGGGACAAUACCAGAAUGAUCUCAAGGGCUUGUUUUUUGACAACCAAAGAUUGGAUCUUCCUAAGAUAUCUGGAGAGUACAUCUUGGAAAAUGUGUACCAGAUUAACGUUCAUCGAUCGAAAUGGGUGGAUCUUGGUGUCAUCUUCAGCAUGAUAGCCAUUUACCGCAUCCUCUUCUUCAUGUUGAUCAAAAUUAGUGAGGAUGUGACACCUUGGAUCAGAGGUUACAUCGCCAGAAGAAGAAUGCAACAGAAGAAUGACAAUCAUGAUACCCCAACAGCUUCCAAUGGUCUCACCAAAUCUCCUUCUCUGAGAACAUAUGUGAAGAAUCGUACAAGUGAAGGUAAAAGUAGAUAAGAGUACUGAUACACUGAAUAAAAAGGUAUGUGCAAAGUAAUCUCACUACCAAGUUUGAACAAGUAUUGUAGCAAGUGGUUUGAGACAUAAUUCUAUCCAUCUUUAGACGUUUUUCUCGCUUCCAUUCCAUGUACAAUACCCAUUUGUAGCUAUCUAAAAUUUCUAUGUUUAUCUUCUUGCUAGAAACAGCUUUUGACAGAAAAUUACUCAGAUUCUAUAUAAUUGACUAAAACUUA